AUGUAUCUGUCAACAUACACAUUUUUAAUCAUUUUCAUGAUUUCAAGAGAUUUGAUUCUCUCACCAAUUGUUUAUUCUAACUUUUAUUGUAGAAUGGUGGAUAGUUUCAGAAAAUAAUAGUUUUUGCAUACCUUUGUAGGAAAUAUAGUGCAUUUUGCUCCAGUUUGUUUUGUUAACGUAUGCUGAUAUUUACGUUGCUUUUUUUUACUCGGGGAUGAUAGACCUUCUGGACGUUUUUGAAUAAUAUUUUCAGCCAGUUCCAUUGCAAUAACCACAACGGUAAUGUUUAUCAAAUUUGUGAAAAUGCUGCCUACCCGAUAUUUCACGAAAAAAUAAUUCAAAACGGCUAUUGAGCUACAAUUUUACCGAUAGAAGAGCAAACGUGUGCAUGUGUGCAUUUAUGAACAUUUAAGAAAAUGGCUGAUACGUUAAAUUCGGAAAUUUGGAAAAACUGGGAUAAAACUGGAAAGACUGAAUUUACAAAAACGUGUGUGCAACUAUUAAAAGAUGAAAAAUGUAGUCCUACAUUUGAUAAAAAGGGGAAAUUCAGUAAUCUUUCUGGAUAUAUCAAUGCCCUUAUAUCAAAUGGAAUCAAAGGAGUAAUUAAAAGGGAAACCGUGAUAACUAUAUUACAAGAACUUAUUACUCUUCAUAGCGAUGUACCUUCAUUAAUAUUAGAUAUUUUAAAUGUAAGUGAUGCGGAAACAUCUGUGUUUGAUGGACAAAAGGAAGAAUCUAAAGAACGUCAGAAUUUCUGUUACUUAGUUAAAGAAUGUGAAAAGUUUUUAUCAGACAAGCUGUUAAAAGAAAGGCUUGAAAUUGAUACCUUACAGGAAGUGGGUAUCCUAAAAAAUAGAAGCUUUUAUACAAAAUUUAUCAAGGUCAAAACAAAACUAUAUUAUAAGCAGCGAAAAUUUAACUUGUUUAGAGAAGAGAGUGAAGGCUUUGCUAAACUAAUAACGGAGUUAAAUCAAGAAUUCAGCCAGAAAACAUCACAUACACAGUUAUUAGAUAUAGUAAAAUCAUUAAUUGGCUGUUUCAACUUAGAUCCCAACAGGGUGUUAGAUGUAAUUCUAGAAAGUUUUGAAAACAAGCCUGAGGAUUCAAAGAUAUUUAUUCCUCUUGUUAAAUCAUACAUGAAUGACCCAAAAAUAAUUGCUGAAGUCUUGGGUUCAAAAUACACGUUUUAUCAAACUUCGGGAGAUUCUACAGUUCCUAAAGCACUAUACAUACUGACAGCUCAACUGUUACAACAUAACUUGGUAUACUUAGAUGACAUAUAUGUCUGGUUAACUCCUGAAGACAGGAUUAUGCACAAAGAAUGGGAAACGGACAUGCGUGCUGCUAAAGAGUAUGUAAGAAAAUUGCAGGUAAUAUCAUUAAACGCCAAAGAAAAGGAAGAUACUCCCGACGAAAAAGAAAAUUCUAUUGAUAAAUAUUCAAAUAAUCAGAAAUUAUGUCUUUGCGAAGCCCUGCUGGAAAUAGGAGAUUGGAACAAUGCCGCCCUCAUAAUAAGACGCUUACCUGAACAUUAUGCCCUGGAAUAUCAACCUGUCGCAAAAGCGUUAUGUAAUCUCUUAAAUUAUAUUAUCGAACCGGUGUACAGAGAAAAUUGUAAGUUGGGUAACAAGAUAAAAGGUAGACCCAUACAUCCACCAAAGACCCUUUCAAACUUGAAACUCGUCACCACUUUUCAAGAACUAGCUGACGUAGCAUUCCCGAUGUUAGUAACUCUAGGCCCUUCUUUGCGUUUCGAUUCGGUUCUUAUGUACAAAAUAAUUCGUGUGUGUCGUGCGGUAUUGGCAUCAUAUGGGAUUGAUAACGCCCACUGUUCACCUCCAGAAGGUGCUACCCUUUAUCACGAUAUUAUAACUCUCCUCGAUUCAACCGUAUUACCUGCAUUAUCGUACCUUGAUUGUAAUUGUUGCGUUGCUGAAGAAAUAUGGAACAUAUUGAAAUUGUAUCCAUACACAAUUCGAUAUUGCCUGUACAGUCGAUGGAAAAAUGAGACUUACGCCCUGUAUCCGGAAUUGUUAAGGAAACGAGGUGAUGCUGAGAAACAGAUCAAGAACAUCAUGAAACGGGUUAGCAAAGAAAAUGUAAAACCCGUGGGAAGGCAUAUCGGGAAAUUAACGCACAGUUCGCCGGGUUUCCUCUUUGAUUACGUUCUUUUACAAAUACAAGUCUACGAUAAUUUAAUACAUCCCGUUGUCGAUUCUUUAAAAUACUUGACCAGCCUCUCAUAUGACGUGUUGGGCUUCUGUUUGAUAGAGUCAUUAUCAAACGCAGACAAAAAGAGAGUUAAGCACGAUAGCACAUCUAUAUCAAAUUGGCUGCAGUCAUUGUCUAGUUUUUGUGGUGCUGUGUUCAAGAAAUACAAUAUAGAACUGACGGGACUGUUGCAAUAUGUAGCUAAUCAACUAAAAGCACAAAAAAGCUUGGAUCUGCUUAUAUUAAAAGAAAUCGUACAGAAGAUGGCGGGUGUCGAAGCGGCAGAAGAUUUAACUAUAGAUCAGCUCAAUGCUAUGGCCGGUGGAGAAUUACUGAAAGCGGAGGCCGGCAAUUUUAGUCAAGUUCGUAAUACCAAAAAAUCAUCUUUGCGUUUAAAGGAAGCAAUGUCUGAUCAAAAUCUCGCAGUCGCAUUGUGUUUAUUGAUGGCGCAACAGAAAUACUGUAUUGUAUACAAAGAGACACAAAAGAGUCACUUGAAAUUAGUCGGCAAAUUGUCCGAUCAGUGUCAGGAUACUUUAGUUCAAUUUGGCACAUUUUUGGGUUCUACUUUAUCCGUGGACGAAUACGUCAACAAACUACCUUCUAUACAAAGUAUGCUUCUCGAUUAUCACAUACCUAACGAAGUGGCGUUUUUCCUGGCUAGACCGAUGUUUAAUCACGCCAUCAACAUAAAAUAUGAUCAAUUACGAAAAACAGAUGGUAACUAUAAAAAAUUUUCUACUCAAGCCAGACAUCAAAAGUACAUCGAAGCUGUGAAAGAAAUAAUGGAGCCGAUUCAUAAAUCGGUCAUUCCGUUACACCCAGCUAAGGUUUGGGAGGAUAUUUCUCCUCAGUUUCUCACCACUUUCUGGUCUCUUACCAUGUAUGAUCUAUAUGUUCCUGAAGAGACGUAUCAACAAGUAAUCAACAAGAUUAAGCAACAGUCACUAUCAAUUCUCGACAGUAAUACGACCAAAGGUAAAAAGGAACAAGAACGUUACAUAACGUUAAUGGAAAAGCUACAAGAGGAGAAGAAAAAGCAACAUGAGCAUGUAGAUAAAGUUUUACACAGACUGAUGCAAGAGAAGGACUCGUGGUUCUUGUCGAAGUCUGUUAAAUCAGCCAAAAACGAAACAAUUACUAGAUUCCUACAGUUAUGUUUAUUUCCUCGUUGUACAUUUACCGCAGUGGACGCUAUUUAUUGCGCCAAAUUUGUUCAUACGAUUCACAUGCUGAAGACUGCAAAUUUUUCAACUCUGCUGUGCUACGAUAGGUUAUUCUGCGACGUCACAUACUCCGUAACAUCCUGUACUGAGAACGAAGCAAUGAGAUACGGUCGAUUUUUGUACGCAAUGUUGGAGACAGUUAUGCACUGGCAUAAAUCGAAGGAAGUUUUUGAAAAAGAAUGCGCCAAUUAUCCCGGCUUUGUGACGAAAUUUCGUGUUAGUAAUCAAUAUUCUGACAACUUAGACAAGGUUUGUUACGAAAAUUUCCGACACGUGUGCCACAAGUGGCAUUUUAAGCUUGCAAAAGCACUUAUCAUAUGCCUUGAAUCUAAAGAUUAUGUACAAAUCCGAAAUGCUCUAAUCAUCUUGAUUAAGAUUAUUCCAUUCUUCCCCGUAUUGUCAAAACUUAGUCAAGUAAUUGAAAAGAAAAUGGAAAAAGUUCGAGACGAAGAAAAGAAUAAGCGGCAGGAUUUGUUUACUCUCGCUACGAGUUAUUUAGGUCAAUUGAAACAAAGAAUCGCUGGCGGACACAUGAUGAAGGAAAGCGACUUCCAUCAAAUUCCCGAAAAAGAAAAAGUAUCCAAAAGUCAUUCUGACGGUUCUAAAUCUGAAAAUAAGCACAACGGAGAAGUGAAAAUUAUAGAAACGGACGAUUCAAAAGAAAAUUCAUCCAGAAGUUCCAAGGACAGGUCAGAAAGUAAAAGAAAUCGCCCAAAUGUAGAAGAUAUUUCAAAAUCUUCAUCAAAACAACAAAUAUCAUCUGCUAAUAAUUCAGAAACUAAUUUGACAAAAGACAAAAAUUCAGAUAAAGAAAGGACUCCAAAAGAAGAUAGUAAAGAUAAGCAUUCCAGAAAAGAAGAAAAGAGAGACGAGAUGGAGAGGGAUCGUGAUAGAGGAGGAGACCGUGAAAAAGAUCGAGAUCGUGAAAAGCGUAAAGAAAGGAAAGAGGAAAAAAUAUCUAUUAAAGAUGAUAGGUCGUACAGGGAGGAUCGUUUUAUUGAAAUGGUCAGUCCAAAAGAGGAUAUUCGAUACUCGACUGAUGGAGAUCGAUAUUACGACGAUCGUGGAACUAGCCAUUAUUACCAUGAUAUCCGUGAGGACAGAGAAAUAGGUGUCAGUAAUUCAAAUAGUUCGAGUGUGAGGCAGAGCCAGGAGACAGUGGAACCCGACAGAGACGUUAAACGAAGAAAAAUGGACACCACAUCCUCGAAGAGCUCUAAGUAUGAAGAACGCAAAGUGCAACAGCAAUCGGCCGAUUAUUACAUUGACAAACCCGAUAAAAAGGAGCGAUCGUCUAAGACCAAAGAGAAACGCGAGAAGAUGAGCGACGAAGAGAAGGAAUUGCGAAAGGAACGAAAAAUUGGGCGUAAAAGGGAUCGUACGGAGGAAGCAUUAAAUCAAGCUGCAGAAAUGAAAAGAAGAAGGGAAGAGGAAAAAGCUGCAAAAUUGCUUUCUCAUUCCAAUGGCGAAUAUUUGGAGACGUCACCUCAUCCACGGGAAAAGCACCAUCAUACUAGAGAAAAGUCCCCUUAUCUCAGAGAACGUGAGAGGUCACAUGAUAGGGUGGAGGUACGAGAUAAACACAGACGUGGAACGGAGGGUAAAAGAAGAUGAUUAAAAGCCGUAUUUACACAGUAAUUAAUAAUAAUGAUGAUGUUGUGUCCUCAGUUUUAAUUUUAAAUAAUUUUGGAGUCGCCCAAUUCUGUAUUAAGGCUUAAAACAAUUGUUGGAAAUAUUGUUUUUUAUUCCUUUUUAAGAAAAGUAAACUGGAUUUUGUUGUACAAACACUGGCAUUGGUCAGUUUUAAUAUAUAGUAAUACAUAGUAUAAAUUUCUUAAAAUUAUAUUUUUUCAUGUAAGAAAAAAUAGAUCUUCGAACUUAUUAAACAGUUCUUUGUAAUUAAUAAAUGCGGCAAAAUAAAAAACCUUUUUUUUUCUAAGAAGUGCAUUGUAUUUGACGUGACUAGUACAAGUUGCGGUAUAAAAUUGCAUCUUAAUUUUAUUAAUUCAAACACAUAUGGUUAACCUAACUAUCACACUUUACAUGUAUGCAUUUACCCGAUAAAUAAUAGUAUGUUUUAUAAUACUACAUCUUAAAAAAUUUAACAGUUUUUAAAAGUUGUAAUACAUAUUUUUAAUGUGUAAGCGACUUUAUUGCAGGUAAUUUGAGGAAGGCUGUGUAAUCUUGUAUUUAUUUACAACUUAAAUAUUAAUUAUUUUGAUAACGAUCUUUGUAUAAUUAUAUACAACAAAAAUGUAAUUACUAUACAUCAGAUACAAAAUAUUAGUUUAUGGGUCCACAUACAACAAUAUUAAUGAUCAUACAACAAAAAUAUUGAAAGGACUAAAAUUUUCGUUACAAAAAUUUAUAUACACGACUGGCAUAGCACUUGUAUUUAAUUACAUUACUAUUAUUAGUUUUCUAAAUAAUUAAUAUAAUCCCAGGGUGGUCCUUAUUAUAGCAAAUAAAAAAUAUAUAUAUUCUUCAAGUUUCAUGUACCAAUCGUAAUAUGAACUGGUACCAACUUGCAGUGUAAGUUUUCAGUUAUCAAUUUUUUAUUCUAGUCAAAAUAAAUGCUCAACAAAUUUGAAACUUGUCAGACCUUAUACAAUUUUUACAGAUUUUUUACUAUUAUAAAUGUA